CGGCGAGCGGGCACGGAGGGUCGGAGCACGUUGCUAGUGGGCGCGGCUGGCCUGGGUGGUGGCGGCCUAGCGUUUUCCUGACCCGCGGUUCGGCAUCCUGCCCCACGCUCGGCCCGGUCGCCCUGCCGAGUCAGCUUCUUCCGGCCCGUGCGGCGGGAAUCCGUGGAGAGCCCCCCACAUCCUGAGAGGGGGAAAAAGAAGAUAAAACACCAGGCUGUUUCUUAUCAUUGUUAAUAAUUUUCUGUAGAAGCUGAAACCCAUCACCAUCCUUCAAAAUGCAAUGGAAUGUACCACGGACUAUGUCUCGGCUGGCACUCAGGACAUUCUUGGAACCACAGAAAGCUGGGCUCUUUGAUCACCAUCGGAGCAUAAAAGGAUCGUUACUUUUGCACAGAGAUGACUACAGAAUGCUUUGGACACCACACCUUCGAAAGCAGUGGCUACAUUUACCUGCUGUUCAGUGCCUUGCAAAGCAAAGUAAUCUGUUAGAUACUCAGCCACCUCAGCUCAGGGUCCUUCACCAGGAACGAUGGGAACACGAUUUUUUAUCCAAGAGGGUUUUAUCUUCCAGUGCCACAUCCCACGAAACUCCGCCUGAAAAAAAGGAAGAGCCCGAUCCAUUACAAGACAAAUCUAUUAGUCUUUAUCAACGAUUUAAGAAAACAUUUAGACAGUAUGGAAAAGUUUUGAUUCCUGUGCAUCUAAUAACUUCUGGUAUUUGGUUUGGAGCAUUUUACUAUGCAAGUAUAAAAGGAGUGAAUGUUGUCCCUUUCCUAGAGUUCAUUGGAUUACCUAACAGUGUAGUAGACAUCCUGAAAAACUCCCAAAGUGGAAAUGCCCUGACAGCAUAUGCCAUGUUUAAGAUUGCAACGCCUGCCCGCUACACUGUGACUUUGGGAGGAACGUCCUUUACUGUGAAGUAUUUGCGAAAUCAUGGCUACAUGUCAACCCCACCACCUGUCAAGGAGUAUUUGCAGGACAGAAUGGAGGAGACUAAGGAGCUCAUCACAGAGAAGAUGGAGGAGACAAAGGACAGACUCACUGAGAAAUUACAGGAAACCAAAGAGAAAGUUUCUUUUAAGAAAAAAGUGGAAUAAGACUGCCUUAUUAUAGAAAACCCUACACUUUAACCCUCUGUAGACUCUGGGCAGAGAACAUGUUUCUGAUUCCCUCCCCCACCCCCUUUUUUGGUUACUUGCCUAAAAGUAUUAGUUCCCUGAGGGUUAAAGAACAAACUUAAUUUCUUUUUUUUUAAGUUAAAUAACAGUGGGGGAGGUGGAAAUCAUUGUUUUCCAAAAUGAACUUUUAACCCAGCAUACAAACUUUAUGAGCUGCAGCAGUAAGAGUACUUAAUGUCCUCGAAGCAGAGUUGUUUUUCCAUAUCUUCAGAAUGAAAUUUGCUUCAUGUUCUCUGGCACCUGUGUACUGGGCAGUCCACUUGUAGAGUAAGUCAUGAAAUUCUGUGGGAAAGAAUGUACACCGUUUGAACUGUGGAUAAAGAAAGGGACUAGAGAAGUUACCUGCCAGUUAACGUGUAGACCUUAUUUCAAGAAGGUUAUGAAAAAAAAUCAGUCUUACAUUUAUAAACAAGAUAUAUUGGCUAUGUAAUGAAAUGGAACUUUUAAAAUGGUUUUUAACUGCAGCUUGUCAAAAUCACAUUUUUAAAGCAAAUUCUUUUUCAAACUUGACUAUGCAUGGUGAUUAGUCACAUGGACUGUCAAUUUCUUUUAACUUGUGUCUUCUCCAAUUAUCUUUGGAGAAAAGUGAAAGUUUUAUAAACUUUAUUAUUGAAAUCAGAUACAACAGCAAGUCAAGUUUACUGUUCUUACUACAUUAAGCUUUGAAAGAGCAGUGAUUUUGGCAAGAGCAAAAGUCUGUGUAAGUGAGUAUGGACAAGAGUGGAGGCUCAUGGGUAGUGCUUGCAGAGGUGGGCAGUAUACCAUGUGGGUUCAUUCAUGAGUUUCACAGAUCUCUCCUACUACUCUAACCCCUGUAGGAUUUUGGUCUUUAUAUCCCUGGUCAAAACAAGAGAGGCCUGUCUGGCAUGCGUAUCAUUAGUAUUAUGGCUAAUAUUUCUUAUAUUGGAAGGGAAAAUUAUUUCUUAAAUAUUCUACUGGACUUUUUAAAGCAAAAAGUGUCACUGCUUGUAAUGAAUCAGUCAGUGGCUGUCAGACAAGUCCCAAGAGUGUAGAGUGUCUGUUUGUGUGUCUCAUUUUGCACUAACAACUUUCCUUCAGGUCUGACCCUUGACUUGACACUGGAUUAAGAAAUGCCUUUUUAGGGGGCAUUGUUUUUAACUUAAUGUCAGGAGAAUGUCAGAGACCUUGCCAUAUAGCUAUCCCAUUCAGUCCCUGUUAUAUGGCUGGGUUUAUGUCCAGUGCUUAAUUUGGCCAAAUUUAGAUAAUGGAGAAAUGACUUCACAUUUGAUACACCCAGUCAUUAUAUUAAAACACUUUUUAAGUAGAAAUGCUAUGGUUGAAGUCUUUCUAGGUUGGAAGAAUUACUUAACAGAGGGGAAUUUGUCCUGUCUCUCUCUCUUGUUUGUUGGCAGCAUGAUUAAUCUGAGGCAGAGUUCAGUGCACUGCCACACAUUGAUGGCACACUUUCAGUUAUAAACAGAGCAACAUUGCAGCAUGCUUAUUAAAUAGUAAGAUAUUAAAUGCUGACAUGUUAACAUUUUCCUCCCCUUUAAGCCACCAAGAAUGCUAUGCUGAAAUGUGCUGUUAUGUAGAAUGUUUUUUCUCCUAAACCUUUUACCUGUUAUAAUGCAUAAUUUGGGAGCUCUUAAGACAUUGCUAAUAAUCAUGAGACUGCAACUUUCUUGUCCUGAGUAGAUAUCUUCUGCCCAGUCCACUGGAGGCUUAUCUCCAUCCAGUUUUAUGUCUGGGUUAUGUCUACCCAGUUACAGCAAAUGUGAGUAGAUGCUUGUGUGUGUUUUUAAAUCCAAUGAAAAUAUCCUUAAAGAUUUGAGAAGUUAUAUUGUUACUAUUUGGCAUCGGAAAUGUCAUAAAAAUGCUGUUGCCAGCUUAUAGGGAACCCUGUAAUGUAUUCAUAGCAGACAACAGUUAACAUAUCAACUUAAGUUAUCAAAAUGUAUAAUAUAUUCAUAGACUUUUGUCUGUGUCGAACUGCAUUUUAUUUACAGUGAAGCUUGUGUUUCUCUGAGCUGCAAGAAAAACCAAGCAGCUCCAUGCUGGUGUGCACAUCUGUCCUUUCAAAAGACAUAAAGACAUUGAUGUUGUGAAUGGAUCUGUGACUGAGAUUUUUUUUUUUUUUAAUGGACAGAAAGCAUUUGUCCAGCAAAUUAAUAAGGUCAAACGAAGGCUUAGUUUGUUAAGGAAUAAGAGUAAAACCAGCCUUUUAAAAUAUCACGUCGUUAUUGAGAGCCUUUUGUGGAAAAUGAGGUGGUGUUUGGAUUUCACCAAAAGGAAAAUUACAAUUAGCCUCCUUGCACAGUGAAAUAAUAAAACAAUAAAAAAUAUAAUAUUCCCCUGCAUUUUCCAUUGUAAAUGUCCUUCCAUAUUCUCAUUCCAGAGUAAAGAGCUAAGUUCUUUAUGCUUAGGGGGAAACUGGAGCUGGUUAGGGUCUUGUUUUGGUGGUCUUAGACCAUGGCUCUAGGAAUUGUAAUCAUCUUUAUAGUUUGGGCAGAAGAGGUGUUUGAAGAAAAGGAAGCUGUAUUUUAGACACACUGAGCUUUAUACUGGGUGCAAAUCAAGAUUUCAUAACGGCUUCAGAUAGAAACCUAUUGUAGAUGAUAAGAGCAGUGAGAUGAGCCAAAAGUGACUUUAGCAAAUGAGGUGGGGGGAGGGGAUGAGUUCAUCUUUUUUUUAAUUCUUUUCAAAAUAGAGAUUUUUACAGCAUACACAUACAUUUUUACUAAAGGGCUCCUAAAAAAAAAAAAAAAAAAAAAAAAGGGUUGUUGUAGAAUUAAAGGAAUAAUUUUCCUGGUAGCUGUACCAGGAAAAUUUGUUUUCUGAUAUAUUGUUUCAGAUUUUCAAAACUGAGUCUCUGUAAGACCAAAAAUAUGGAAAAUUGAAAUGUUGCAAAGUUCUUCCUGACCUAUUUAAGUGCCCUUCUUACAUGCCAUUUACUUGUUGGCAUUAAGAACUCACUGUUGAGUUGCCUUAGGCAGGGACACAGUGUCAGAAUCAUCCAGGCAUUGGCCCCAUGCCUGAUUAGCAUCUGAGCAUGUGGCGAGGGAUAUGUGGGUCUCUGAAUUGGAAAUUUGCAGAACAGGGGAGAAGGGCAGCAAACAGUGAGGAGAGUGUCGCCUUCAAGUAGUAACUGUACUUGGUCUCCAUUGGCCUGUGUGCAAGUUAUUGCCAAUUUUGUAUUAAUUGGGGUUUCCAUGAAAAAGAAGAGGGGGCAGAGAAAAGGAAGGAAAGAAGGAAAAAAAGAAAUGAAAUGUAGGUAGGUAGAUCAUAUACCUGAAGGACAGCAAAGUCUGGACUUCAUCAUUUUCCUGAUGAUUAGAAUGGUGUCAGGACCACUCCUUUCCCAGAAUUCCUUUCUCCAUGAACUUUGGCCUUCUUACACUCUCAGCUUCUCAUAGUUAAAGGGUCACUGAAAUGAUUUUUCCCUCUGAGACUUUUUUUUUCCUUCCCCUUUGUGACUUCUGUGUUCAUUCUAACUAGUCAAAACAAGUUUGUGACUUAUCCUGUGUCUCCAGGAUUGAGCUUCAGAAAUUGGGCUGUAUUCUUCCCUAUACAUCACUGAUAGGGAAGACACUGUUAGUGACUCAGUGUCCUGUGGAGAUUAUUUGGUUAUUUUGAUAAGAAUGCAUCCUGAUUGUAGAACCGUUGAGGGCAGAGGGCACCAUGCUUUAUCCUGAGGAUUUGCAUGAAUGGCCUUGACAGGAAGUAUGUAUGGAGCUCAGAGUAUGGCUUCUUCUAGAGUAUGCUGUGGGGCGUCACACUGUUUUCUUUAGGAAAUCAGAACAAACCUUGGAUCGUGAGAGUACGACUCUUCGCCACAGCAUUGAUUCUCUUUCCUCCUUUUGUCCACUUCUCUUUGUCCAGCCUUUUCUGUCUUGAUUUUGGCUGAUUUCAAUGUCAGCAGUCUCUGAAGUGAGAGGGGCAUGUGUGCACGGAGUAUGCCCGUUUAAGUCCAUCCAGCAGGUCUGUGAAGCUCAGCUCUUGGUCAGUGUGAGGAGCAGCACAGAGCCGCCUUCCAGGGACCUGAGGCCUCCAGCUGCAGUUGACUGGAAGCACUGGUUUCUAGAGGAACAACACUGAAACCUAACUUCCUUUUUAUUUCAAUAUGAUGAAAUUUCCCCUUUUUAAUCUGGGCACAUAGUAAAAGGCACUUUUUACCAUAUUUUGACAAUUCCAGAAAGGUGCUACACAAAAUAGCAUCUCUGUGUCAUGCCUUUCCAAUUAAAUGUUAACUCUUAAUGCCUGGAUUUGAUUUGUGAAAGGACAGUGGCAUGUUUAUAUGAACAUAGUUUCAGCUGUUGCCUUGUUUGCACCAGUGAGUUCUAGAUUGGAAAUUCUAUGAUGUGUGUUUUUCCUCGCUUGAAUUCAUACUUCCUUAGGAUUCUUACUGCGGUGACCAAGUUGUCACAGCUGCUUUAUCUCUCUCACAUGAAGGGUGUUGGGUGUCCUGACCUGCUUGGCUUGGUGACGCAGUGUACAGACAUAGGGCUGUGUUGCCUGGGACCUCUGUCGACAUGAACAUUCUAUGUCCUUGGUGAAGCAAAGGCAGGUUAUGGGAGACACACAGCUUGUAUUCUGUACUACUUUUGAUCGGUAACAGGUCUGCAUUGCUCCAAAGUAAAAAAUGCUGUCACACAAAACCUGAUGCAGUGUUUGUUGAGCAAGCCAGACCCUUCAUUAGUUGCACUUUGUGGGGGGAGGGGGAGAGCCAGGCCCAUAUUUUAGAUUGUGGGCUUUUACUUUUGUUUUUACCCCUGAUAAUAACUCCAACCCCAGGCUAAGAGACCUGUAGAAUUUGACACUGUGUGGGUCAUGUUAGGAUGUUGAAGUCCUGUUUUAAUUGAAGAAAAGACAAAAAGACCUGGGUCUGAGGUUCAGCCAGUCAUUACUUGUGAGGUCCAUUUCCCUUGUGCCAGGUACUUAAGCCAGUGUAUGCUCUUGGAGUUAAGGGAAAAUGGACGUCAGGCCAGUUCAUUACAUUGUCAGUAAUGCAUACCCCGGUGCUUCUGCUGAUACCUUUCAUCUUUUGGAGUUUACCUUUUAACUUACUUUCAGCUCUACUUGGUUUAUCUUAUUUUUUUUUUUAAUGGCCUGAAAGGGAAACAGUUACACUAUUCUGUAACUUUAUUUUAGGUUUAUUUUCCCUUUAGUUUGGGAUGACUAGGGUCAGGGUGGGAGACUAAAGGGUCUAGUCUUACUCUGUUCUCUGGCACCAUCUAGUGAAGCUGGCCUUAACAAAGCAGGCUGCAGUUUUCAUGCAAACUAAAACCAUGCUUGAAACUACUUUCUCUUCCAGUCUUAAAACACUUUUUGCCUUUUCCUAAAUCCACACUUGAGAGCAAUGAAGGAGAAAACCUCAAUCAAGUCUAGAUUAUAUAAGAAUGUUAAGUACUUCACAUAUCCAGGAACACGUGGCCACAAGAAAUUCCCAGAAAUUGUCUCCUUGAUUCAAAAUGAGUUUACCUUUUCCUUCUUGCCCAUGUAUAGUACCAGUGGUCAUUGUGUCUGAACCUGUGUCCGUGUCAUACCUGAGGCCAGCUGAGACUGAUUUUUCCACUUAAUUGCUGCCAAUUACUAGAGCAUCUGAAGCCAUCAGAAACUGAUUUAUGGAAAUGUUUUGACUCAGUGAAGUUCAAGAUACCUCGGGAUAUCUUGCUAGGUUUCACAGAGAGCGCUUUUCCCUCACCAAGUCCCAUGAAAAUGACGUUUUAAAGCAGGUGAUGCAGCUGUGUCAAGAGGGCAGCUAUCCAAGAAGUAUUCUCAGGACCACAAAAUGGAAGCAAAACACCUGGCACUGCCACAAAACUGUGUGCAGCACAGCACGUGUGAUCUUCACUGCCUUGGCAGAUGUAUGCCUUGUGUGUAGGGGACAGCAGCCACAGGACCUGCACCUAGAGUUAGCAUAAGGACUCAUGUGCCCAGACCUUUAGGUUAAACAGCGAGAAUGAUGGAACCUCACUGGCUAGCAGCUGUCACCUCAUGUGGACACAGGGUAUGGAGGGCCGCCACCUCUGCCGUAGGUGGUCCCUUGGAUAAAACAGUUGCGUGUACUUUAUAGGUGGAAGUUUGGAACUAACUCCAGCUAGGGACAUUAAUUAUCUGAGGUCUGCUGGGCCCAGGGUCUGAGCUGCUCUUUGCUGUGCAUAGAAGGUUUACAAAACCAAGUCAGCAUUGGAACCCCCACUAAAGAUGCUAUGGUAAGUAGUGUCCCAGCUUACCUCAGGGUAGCAGGAGAGUCUCGGCACGUGGGGACUAGGGCUGGGGUGCCUGGGAGGAGUGAGGAGGCACAGGUGUGUGUGGCCUUCCAACUGUACUUGCUGUUUUUUCAUGUGAUUGUUCUUAUGCUCACAAAUGGUUGGAAACCGAAGAAAUGCUAAGCGAGGGCACAAUCUGACAGGUUAAAUUGCAUGAGCAUAAACCACUGAACAUAACUCUGGUGUUUAAGGUCUUCAGUGGAGUGAGUUACUUUAAAGGCCUUGUAGGGCCAUGGUUUUAGCAUCACUGUCACACCCACAUUAUUAGAACCAGCUUUGGCUCUUAAUUUCUUUUUGGGGGAGUGAGAGUAAAACAGCAAAUGAAAUGCAAUCUUGACGCACAAGUUAAAGUCUUGACAGAAGUACAGCAUUUAAAACUAAUUUUCAAAUGCAGGGGUUUUACUUUGGGGCUGCUGUUUCAAAAUGUGUGUUUUAAUUAGAGUCUCUGUAGCCAAACAGAUCAGGACAGUAUAGUGAGGGAAAUCUUGUUUUAAGUAAUGUGCUUCUUCUAAAGUGUCAAUGCAAGAUUGCCACAGAGACACAGAAUUUGUGUUUUGGCUCAAAGGCCCAGUGUGAGCUGCUGUCUGCAUCAGGUCUUACCAGAGGCCUUCAGAACUUGGUGGGUCCUCAGCCAGGAGUCCUGAGCAGAAGGUAGUCUCCACAAGGCAGCCUUCACUGUGGGCUGGAGUCCUCCCCCUCCUGGUCUUCAAGGGCUCUGCUGCCUUGCUGUUGCAAACCUGGUGCUCAGCAGUGCCCCCUGGUGUUUUGUUUCCCUGAAGCAACUCAACCUGGGUUUUGUUUCCUUUGAGAGGAACUCAAUUCUGCCAAUACUGAGGGCAGAGGGAAGGGAGAGCCUGAACCCUGCCAUCUUUUGCUUACACUAGUGGUUGGUUUGAGAGACCUGGAAGUGGUGUCUCUAGCGAGCAGAGCUGAAAUUUCUGAGGGCGUAGUGUGGUUUGCUAGUAACUAAGGAUGAGAGGGCCUAUGUUUGCUUGCUACAAUUUGUAAACCCCUCACCAGGAUAGCCUCACUCUUGAUCUAAAAUGAUUUGAGGCCCACACAGUUAUUCCAGUAAGACCUUAAAAUUUUGUUUCCAUUUGUUCAUUACAAAUGUACAGAAAUGGAAAAAUAAAUGAUUCUACUAUCAUGCUAAACUCA